GCUAGCGUAGCGUAGCCGUUGAGCUUUGAAGUUUGAAUGAAGGGCUCAAGGGAAGUAAGGUUAUGUUUAGAAUAAAAAUAAAAGAAUAAAACACAAACUCAAAAAUGAUUGUUUCUACAUUAAAAAAUGUCAAACUCCCCAAUCUUUACGUUAGAAUGCUCCAACGUUUUGCCUCACAGGCAAACAAUCCAUCCCCCGUGGACGCGAACAAAAGUCUAUCGGAAUUCCGCAAGGUGUACGUGGAAUUUCUACCAGACCCGACGGUCGAAUUUCGUAAUCCCAUCCGAGAGAAACUAGAAAGAUUAGAUAUGCUCGCCAGGAGAGCGCACAUCGAUAUUCCCGAGUUUUAUGUUGGUUCAAUUUUGGCAGUGACCUCUUCGGACCCACACUCGUUAGGAAAGACAAACCGAUUUGUGGGUAUCUGCAUCAAACGAGAAGGUUGCGGUUUGCGAGCGAAAUUUAUUUUACGAAACGUCAUAGAUCACCAAGGUGUCGAAGUACUGUACGAAAUGUACGAUCCCGCCUUGCAAAAAAUUGAAGUUCUCCGCCUAGAGAAACGAUUGGACGACGAGCUGAUGUACCUCAGGGAUGCGUUGCCGGAGUAUAGUACAUUCGACAUAAACAUGGAGGUUGAAAUACUUCCCGAAGGUUCACCUGUACCCGUCAACCCUCUUAAAGUCGUUUUAAAACCGAAGCCUUGGCUAGAGAGAUGGGAACGACAAAAUUUAAAAGGUGUGGAGGAGUUCGAAGUUUCGCCUCGCGACAGAGAGAGGGCUGAGAAAGUGGCGACACCGUGGUUGAAAUACGAUUUGAUGAAAAAUUACAUGAAAACUAUUCCGGAAGAGGAACAAUCCGAAAUCUUCAACGAAAUUCAAGCGCAACUGCAACAGCUGGAACUGACACGUAAGAAGAUGAAGCGAAAACGUUCGUUUGUUAAACCGUUUAAAUUGGGCUAAUAGAAAGCUUUUUUUAUUAAA